GAGAAAUCAGUGGAAUUCCCCUUUAAAUGCAGGCAUUUGUAUAGUCUACUGUAAUCAUAACCCUGAACUAAAGCCUCCGAGCCGCAGGCGGCGCACUUACACGCGGAGAGCUCUUCCUGCCUGAGCAGCUCCAAGAAGGAGAUUCAACCCGCCAUAUGUGAUGUCGCAGAUUCGCCAGAAACGUCCGUUAAAGUAAUUUUAAUAUAAUAAAAUUUCCUCAAAAUGAUCUUUGGAACCAAAAAUAAACAUUAGGAACAUUUGGCGAGGCCUUUGGACCACGGAUUUAUUUGAGAACGAUGGACCCUACGCGAGCAGAGGGUUCUCCAGUCUUCAUGUGCAAAAUAUGCAACCUGUUCUCUCCCAAUAAGUCACUGCUCCUGUCUCAUGUCCUUGAGACACAUACCAAGGAGGGGAGUGAUGCUGAUGACGUCAUUAUCCCACUCAAGCCUUUACAGUCACCGCAAGCACCACCUGCAGAUGGUGUCGUCAAAAGAAAACGUGGCAGACCGAAGGGUUCCACUAAGAAGGUCCAGGCAGACAAAUUGAGGUUGAGCAAAGCAUCCAAUCAGCCAAAGAAAGAGACGUGCAGCCCGAACAUGCAGCCAGAAUCUGUGGCUGAACAACAAAGUGAAGAUGACACAGGUUUGGAGUGCAGAAAAUGCCAGCGCAAGUUCAGCAACAAGCGGCAAAUUUCCAAACACAUCUGUUUCGCAGGACUCAAAGAAGUCACUGAUGAGGAUGAGAACCAUGGGAACAAUCCAGACACUGUUAAGACAGUAGAUGGAGAAGAAAGUAUUGAAUGCACACCAAAGAAGGCACGAACAGUAAGGACAAAUAAGGCCUCUAGUGUAAAGGACCCAGAGUCAACAAGUUGCACCAAAAACCCCAUCGUCAGUGUGGUCCUUGCAGCUCAUGAAGCCAUCCCUGGUGCCACCAAAAUAGUUCCAAUUGAAGCUGCCCCAGCUGAGGAGGUUAUCCCACCAGAAGCUACCGCAGAAUCCCAAGAGCCAGCGCUAAAGAAAGGUUAUCAAGAAUAUGCCAUACAGCAAGCUGCUUACGAGGUGCCUCUCAAAUCUAACAGGUUAGGGCAGACACAGUUGAAAAUUUUCACUUGUGAGUACUGCAACAAAGUCUUCAAGUUCAAGCACUCUCUUCAAGCCCAUUUACGAAUUCACACCAAUGAGAAGCCAUUCAAGUGCACCCAGUGUGACUACGCCAGCGCCAUCAAGGCUAAUCUCAGUGUUCACAUGCGGAAGCACACUGGAGAGAAAUUCAGCUGUGAGCACUGCUCGUUCAGCUGCCUGAGCAAGGGCCACCUCAAGGUGCACGUGGAGAGGGUGCACAAGAAGAUCAAACAGCAUUGCCGUUUCUGCAAGAAGAAGUAUUCCGACGUUAAGAACUUGCUCAAGCACAUCCGGGAGAGUCAUGACCUGGAAGACAAUAAAGUCAAAGAGUCCUACGAUGAGUACAGACUCCAAACCAGAGAGGGCAAGAGACAGCUUCUAUAUGACUGUCAGAUAUGUGACCGCAAAUUUAAGAACGAACUGGACCGCGACCGUCAUCUGAUGGUACACGGCAGCAAGAGGCCCUUUGGCUGCGAGCUGUGUGAUCAUGGUUCGACCAAGUUUCAGGCACUCCAGGCUCAUAUCAGGAAGCAUCCCUUCAUGUAUGUGUGCGCCAUUUGCCUGGAGAAGUUUGUCAGUUCGGUGCGCCUCAAGUCUCACUUCCAACACACUCACCCUGAGGUGGACAAAUCCACGGCUUUCUCGGAUUCUAUCCAGAGGAGCUUCUGCCUGCUGAAACCUGGAGAUGAUAUUCAGCAUGACCUAUUGAAACAAGAGGAGCUGGAGAUUACGAGGGAGUUGUCUCUCCUCAAUUCGGAAGAAGUGCUUGUUGCAGAAGCAGGCACAAUAGAAGAACAUGAGGAUCAAGCUCAGUGUCUUGCAGGUUUAGCUACAGAGACAGACCCACUGGAGCAGGACUCCCAAGAGGGUUUACCUCCAACACAUAGCAUCAACAACUGCCCUGUCAUUGAGACUGGGACAACUGUGGAAACUCGGACACAUGGGACAGUUUGUGAGGCCACACUGGACAAAGUUCAACCCCAGGGCAGUUUGCCGAGCGUGGACAGCAAUGUAACACAGUUUGAGAAUGCUGACAAAGAAAAUAUAAACUUGCCUUCACAUAGUUCUUCAACUGAAAUAGCUGAUAUGUCAUCAAACCAGCAGAUACUGUCUGGAGAUGCAAGCGACAUGCCAGUAGCUCAAAGUGAAUCUGCUUCUCAAAGUAAUCUUGCCCCUAGUGGUGAAGAGGCUUUGGCCAACACAGACCAAGAGGAAAAAUCUGCUUUCUUGCAGAUUUUAGAUCAAAUGCAAAAAAGGCAACUAAACAUGGAAAUUUUUGAGAGGAUACGUAAAGUUUAUGGAGACCUGGAGUGUGAAUACUGUGGUAAGCUUUUCUGGUACCAGGUGCACUACAACAUGCACGUGCGAACACAUACACGUGAGCACCUUCAUUACUGUUCCCAGUGCAGCUACUCUUCCAUCACCAAAAACUGCCUGAAGCGGCACGUCAUCCAGAAACACAGCAACAUUCUCCUCAAGUGUCCUUCGGAAGGGUGCCAGUACUGCACGCCGGAUAAGUACAAGCUACAAGCGCAUCUUAAAACACAUUCAGAAAUUGUUAAAAAGCAAUUUGUCUGUCCUCUCUGUGUGGAGUCAUUUCCAGAAGACAAACUCAGAUAUCAUGUCAAAACUAGUCAUCCAGAUGCAUCAUGGAGUACCAUCUCAGAAGCACUAGGAAUACGUGUACAUGUAAAAGGAGUGAUAGGGAAACGAGCCUCCAAAUGCCCAUACUGCGACUACUUCUUCACAAGGAAUGGAGCUGACAUGCAACAGCACAUAUGGGCUCAUGAAGGAGUGAAGCCCUUCAAGUGUUCGCUCUGUGACUACGCCUCUCGCAGUAAGAGCAACCUGAAGGCUCACCUGAACAGGCACAACACGGAGAAGACCCACCUCUGUGAUUUGUGUGGGAAGAAGUUCAAGUCUAAGUGUACUCUGAAGAGCCAUAAGCUUAUGCACUCAGCAGAUGGUAAGCAGUUCAAAUGUACUGAGUGUGAUUUCACUGCGGCGCAGAAGCCACACCUCCUCCGCCACAUGGAACAGCAUGCUUCUUUUAAGCCAUUCCGUUGCGCACACUGCCAAUACUCCUGCAACAUCUCAGGCUCUCUUAAAAGACAUUAUAAUAAGAAGCAUCCCGGUGAGCAAUACUGCAACACAGGUCCUGGAACAGCCUCUUCAGAAACUGUGAUAGAGCAAGGAGGAGUGAAAUGUCCAGUCUGUAACUAUGUUUACGGCACUAAAUGGGAAAUGAACAGACACCUGAAGAGCAAGCACUGGAUUAAAGUGGUUGAGAAUGACCGUCUUGGGCUGAAUCAGUGGGAGGUGGUAGAAUCAGUGGAGGAGGCGAAUACACAGUAUCUUCAAAUUGCUGAGACAGAGGACGCUCAGGGAACAGAGGCUGCUGUGUCAGCACUGCAGAACCUGCGUUUUAAUACGCAAAACGGUGUUGUGUCAGCCACAGCAGCGGACAGACUGGACCCUGCCUCAGUUAAUAUUCUUCAGCAAAUAAUCGAGCUUGGCACCGAGAACCCUGAUGCUACCGUGGCCUCUGUGGUUGCCAUGGCGCCUGGCACAGUCACUGUAGUGGAACAGGUGACGGAGGAGGAGCAGCAGGCUGGCCAUGCCAUGAUGAUCCAGGAUGCCCUUCAGCAGGCCUCCGUGGGCCUUGGAGAAGAGCACCACCUGGUGGUGUCUUCGGAUGAUGUGGAGGGCAUAAAGACUGUCACAGUGUACACGCAGGGUGACGAUGCUUCUCAGUUCAUAGUUUAUGUUCAGGAGGCUGUACAAACUGAAGAGACCACCACAGAAGUUGCCUAAAAGUCAGUUGAAGCAACAGUUUGGCAAAAAAAUUUCCCCUCCUUACCCCAAAUAUAGCUGACCAGUCAAUUUCGUUUGGUGUGUAAAUUUUGCUUCUUUACUUUUGCAGUGGAGCUAAGAGGCUAAUGUAGCUAGCAAGUAACGGAAGCUUAAUUAGCACUGUGCAAACUGCCUCAUAAAUGAUCACAGACUUUCCUCAAGCCACAUAGACUUGCUCAAGUGGUUUUAACACAGUAUGACACAAUGUAACCUAUAAACACAGAACCCAUAAACAAAAUUCAGGCUUCAGGAUGGCUGCUGUUUCUGUUUUUAGCUAUGCAACACUGGUAUGUUGUCAGAAACCCUCUGGGUUAAGGGGGAAAUGUGUGUAAAUCAGAUUUUUCUGCCAAACUGUCCCUUUAACAAGUGGACAAACUGCCAUAUGCCUUACAAAGGGUUGCCAGUUGAUGCAAUAAAUAAAAAUUCACAAUUCAGUGGUCACACAUCGUACACAACGUAAUGAAAGACUAAACACCUAACUACUAAUGGAGAACAGUAUUUGUUUUAUGGUUGCAAUGGAAUUCAUACUGAAUGUACUUUAAAAGAAAACUCAAAACAUUUCAUUUCCCUGUUAUGAGAAGGUAUAUAUAGCCUCCUUAAGAGCUCCAGUGCCACUCAUAGCUGUUUCCAUUCUUUUGUAGUUUUUAUAAGAUUGUAAAUGUUACGGAUACCAAAAUUAUUAAAAGAAAUUUUACUAUAAAAUUUUGGACUAUUAUUAAUAAAGCGUCUAUGAGUUUCAUUGUUUAGUACACGUGUCAGGCUCCAGUCUUCACAGGCCAAAACACUGCAGAUUUCAGCACACUGCCUCAUUAAACGCACCUCAUCAGCUAAUUAGCAAGGCCUUCCUGAACUGAAUUCAAAGUGCUAGAUGAGUGUAAACGCUAUCUACACAGUACUUUGGCGCAGAAGGUCCCCAAAUUGACAUGCCUAUAAGAUACUCGUGCCCAAUCCAAUUUCUUCUUUGUACCCCUAGCCCUUAUUUUCGAGGGUCACCCUAACCCCUUGGAGCUGAGUUACAAGGGGUAGUGGCUAAAAACUUGCCCGACGAAAUGGGACAACCCUCAAAA